AUUGAACAAAAUGAAAAAAGAAAAGAUUGGAUGGAGCAAAUGCGGUUAUAUCCGAGAUUAGACGACCAAGUGUUGAAUAAACAGUUGAGUUUAGUGAAACAAGUCUUCAUACAGGGAAACGCUGAAACACGUCUAGAAGCUAUGGGUUACCGUGUUGGUUUUGUGCUUGUUGAGAAAAUUGCCAAAGAUAUACCAAGAAUGAACGGUGAACUAGAGCGAAUGAAAUUUCUUUGUAAAGAAUUUUGGACUGCUGCAUUUGGUAAACAAAUCGAUAAUUUGCGCACUAAUCAUCAGGGAGUGUAUGUUAUGCAAGACAAUGAAUUUUUCAUCUUUUCUGAUUUCGAAGCAGGAAAACAAUAUGUGGAAACAUCUGCCAUAUAUUUAGCUUUACCAUGCGGUAUUGUAAGAGGCGCUCUGUACAAUCUCGGAAUCAACUGCGUGGUGACAUCAUCGGUAGAAAAUUUGCCAGUAGUAAAAUUUCAUGUACAUAUGCAACAGAAGAAUUAA